CGCCUCACUUCGCGCAGCUCUGCGCGGAGGGAAGGAGCGGCACGUUACGUCUGAGGCUCGAAGUCCGUUCCGCGGCCCUGGGCACCGAGCGGCACUGGCCGGGACGUCGCCCGGGUUCGCUCACGGGCCCGGCCCGGAGACACCAGACGCCCGCUCGCGCCGCCCGCCACCGUUCGGCGAGCACCCACCUCCCCGGGGCACGACUUCCGCCAUUUGCUUGGCCCCGCCCUCUGGGGCGGGGCCGAGGCUCGGCCCGACCACUCCUCGAGGGGCGUGGGGGAGACGCCGAGCAGCAGCGCCGUCCCGCCCGAGCGCUGACGCUCACGCUGCGCCCGCUCCCCACCCCCUCCCCUGCCGCCUCGCGUGGUGCUGUCCGUUCGCAGUCGCGCUGCUGCGGGCCCGGCCUGGUCCCCGCCCAGGUGAAGCGGCCGGCUUCCCCGAGGAAGUGAGGAUCGGCCGGGCGGCUGCAGGAAGGAUGCGGAGCUGGGGUCGCCUCAUCCUUGUCCUUCUGGCCGCGGCGGUCGCGGGCGCCUCAGCGCAGCACGCGCCACCGUGGACAGAAGACUGCAGAAAAUCAACUUAUCCUCCUUCUGGACCAACCUACAGAGGACCAGUUCCAUGGUAUACCAUAAACCUUGAUUUACCACCCUACAAAAGAUGGCAUGAAUUAAUGGCUGACAAGGGACCAAUGCUAAAGAUAAUAGUGAAUUCCAUAAAGACUAUGGUGAAUACAUUCGUGCCAAGUGGAAAAGUUAUGCAGAUGGUGGAUCAGAAGUUGCCUGAUCUACUUGGUCAGUUUUCUGAUCCUUAUGAAGAAGAAAUGAAAGGAAUUGCAGAUGUUACUGAGAUACCUUUAGGAGAGAUUAUUUCAUUCAACAUCUUUUAUGAAUUGUUUACCAUGUGCACCUCAAUAAUAACUGAAGACCAGAAAGGUCAUCUACUACAUGUUAGAAACAUGGAUUUUGGAAUAUUUCUUGGGUGGAACAUAAAUAAUAAUACCUGGGUCAUAACUGAGCAACUCAAACCUUUGUCAGUGAAUCUGGACUUCCAAAGAAACAAUAAAACUGUCUUCAAGGCUACAAGCUUUGCUGGCUAUGUGGGCAUGUUAACAGGAUUCAAACCAGGAAAGUUUAGUCUUACACUGAAUGAACGUUUCAGCAUGAAUGGUGGUUAUCUGGGUCUCCUAGAAUGGAUUUUGGGAAAGAAAGAUGCCACAUGGAUAGGGUUUAUCACUAGAUCAGUUCUGGAAAACAGUACAAGCUAUGAAGAAGCCAAGAAUAUAUUGGCCAAGACCAAAUUGUUGGCCCCAGCGUACUUUAUUCUGGGAGGUAACCAGUCUGGGGAGGGGUGUGUGAUUACACGAGAAAGAAAAGACUCCUUGGAUGUAUACGAACUUAAUCCUAAGCAGGGUAGAUGGUACGUGGUACAAACAAAUUACGACCGAUGGAGAAAACCCUUAUUCCUUGAUGAUCGCAGAACACCUGCACAGAUGUGUCUAAGACGCACAACCCAAGAGAAUCUCUCAUUUGCAACCUUAUAUGAUAUUCUAUCAACAAAACCUGUCCUCAACAAGCUAACUGUAUUUACAACCUUGAUGGAUGUUACAGACCAUCACUUUGAGGCUUACCUUCGGGACUGCCCCGACCCUUGUAUGGGCUGGUGAGCACACAUGGGCCUGUGGAAUAUGCCAAGACGUGUUGGCAUCCCAUCCGGCGUGGCUGACCAGCGCAGCUGUCUGAAUUUUCUCUGAAGGCUAAAGACUCUAAGCUGGUUCUAAGUCAUGAGCUUGCCUUUCUCAGUGUAUUUACAAUUAGCAGACUGUUUUUGCUAUAACAAUUGCUUCUUCUUAUUUACAGGUUACUUCUUUAAGUGAAGUAAAACAGUCUUCUAGAAUUUGCUGAGAUUCAUUUCACUUUGACAUUUGGAGAUAGGGAUGAGCAAUUAAACCACCUCCAUGGAAUUUCAAAUCAAGACUCUGUAUAGGCAUUUAUUUAAACUAGUAACCCCAUGUGGCUAAUGUAAAAGUAAAUAGUCCACAUUAUUCAGUUUUUCACAUUUAUCAACAUAGUUGUAUAUUUUUCUGGGUAGUACAAUUUUUCUUCCAGCUACUAAGAAAAUCAGUAUAUUAUUGCAUUGCUGUUAUUGACAGCAGUAUAAUUUCACUCCAUUUGACUGGGAAGAUGAGACAGACAUUUAGUACUUCCAUAAUGGGCAGUAAAUGCAUCUUUGACUGUAAAGAUUAGUUUUGGGGGUUCAUGAAAUAAUUAAUAGCCAAGGCAGUUUUUUAUAGAAAGAAUUGAACCACUUCCUUUUCUGCAGUUAUUCUACCGCCCAAUAACCCAGGAAGUUGCAAAAUUAAAAAACCUGAGUCCAAGCUGGGCAUGGGGGCACAUGCCUACAAUGCCAACACUCUUGGGGUCUGAGGCAAGAGAAUCAAGUUUGAGCCCAGCCUGACAACUUCAUGACUCAGCAAGACUCUGUGUCACAAAGGCCCUGGGUUCAGCCCCCAGUACCAAACAAAACAACCAAAACUGAGCCCGACUCUGUGAGCUGGUAAAUGAACUUCAAAACUUGAAAAUAGGAAAUAGUACGUAAAGCAGUGAAUUUAAAUUUUCACAAGUAUCACUGAUUUAAUACAUAGGUUUUUAGUUUGUCUUUCUGAUCAACAUGUAUUUUUUAAAAACUUUUAGUACAAUUAUUAAAAAUAUUUUUCAGAAAUCAGUAUUUAUAAAAACACUAACAGAAUUUGUUCAUCUUUCACAAUUAACUGACACAUGGCAUUUGUGCAAGACCGUGUCCACUUCAUUUUGUGUCGUCUCAGUUGUAUCAUGACGUGCAAUAAACAUGUCUGUCAGCACUUAG